GAUGGAUCAGUCAUGAUUGAAUGGCAGAGUAGACUUGAUGGGCCAAAUGGCCUAACUCUGUUUUUAGAAAUUAUGAAUGUAUGAAAAUGCAUUAGCAAGAUGCACUGUUAUAAAAAGUAAAUUGUAACGAAAAAGCAUAAAUAGCUGUUCCGUUGCUUAUCCAACUUGAAUUACCUUUAAUGUUUCGUGAUUGAAUGGCAAUGUUUCUAGAACAAAGCAUCUGGCAUCCUAACAGUUGACCUACCCAAUAAAUCUUGUUAAUGUUCAGAGCAGGUUGGUCGCCCACCCAAAACAGAUCUGCUUACCUCAAUCAUUGGAUUACAAUAGCUGCAAUUGCAGCUCUUCCAUUUCCAAGUGUACCAAAAAAAAGGAGGUCACAUACCCAUUGAACCCAGGGGUCAUGAAACUCACUGUGGAAUAAGGUCACUAUGGAAUAAAUAUUUUAGGUAGGAUGUGAUGGUGAUCUAAACUUAUCACACUUUUAAAUUAAAAUGAAUGAAAGGGAUAAAGAAGGAAUGAUGAAGAGAAGGAGAAUGUGUAGAAGUCAGUAUGAGCUGUUGGGUAAGUGAUGCAUAUUAGUGAUCAUUGCAGUUUGCUCUGGAAUAACUGUUCCUUGGUAACAAUACAGGCUUUCAGUUAGGCAGUAUCUUUCUUUAAAUAUCCUGAGAUCUUAAACCCAUAUCAGGAGGAAUUAAAUAGGUGAUUGGCCAGUGUUAGGCUUAGCCCUCAGUUAAAUUAGCUCAGAUGCUCAAAGAGACAAAGUUACCUUGCUGUGUCGGAAAGUGUGUGCUUGUGUGAGAAUCUCAGUGUAAUAUCACCAGGACUAAUGGGAAACUCGCAGAGCACCACUGUGGAUGAUCUACAGGCUGUGGAGCUCCACCACUGGUAUAAGAAGUUUAUGACUGAAUGCCCAUCAGGCCAACUGACUUUGCAUGAGUUCAAGCAGUUCUUCGGCCUUAGGGGAUUGAGCCUGGAAGCCAAUGCCUACAUUGAACAGAUGUUUAAGACUUUCGAUAUGAAUAAGGAUGGUUACAUUGAUUUCUUGGAGUACGUGGCUGCCCUUAGCUUGGUCCUCCGAGGCAAGAUGGAACAGAAACUACGCUGGUACUUUAAGCUCUAUGAUGUGGAUGGUAAUGGAUGCAUUGAUAGGCAUGAAUUGCUGAACAUCAUUAAGGCUAUGCGUGCCAUUAAUGGCACUCACCAGGAUCAGUCAGCAGAGGACUUCACAAACCGAGUCUUUGACAAAAUUGACAUCAAUGGAGAUGGGGAACUUUCCCUUCCAGAGUUUGUAGAAGGAGCCAAGAAAGAUAACGAGUUUUGUGAGGUGAUGAUGAAAAGUCUUGAUCUCAGUCACAUUGUGGCAAUGAUUCAUAAUCGAAGGCACAGUGUGUGAAGUGGAGGAGACAGACAGGACAUCAGGCAUCAGCAAAUCAGCGCAUCAGCUGAGAACCUAGUUUCUACUCAAAUACUGUUACCUGGGAGCUAAAAGAAUAAAAAAGACUCUCAAAAUGUCACACAAUUAUACCUGAAGCUUUCUCUUACAUAUAUACAGUAAUUGGGCAGAAUAAAAAGGUACUGACUCCAGCACUGAUGAAUCAAUUAAUCUUUAAACAUGAAAAUCAUGCUGUUAAACUAACAUGUCAAAGAAAGUUCUGUGUACAACAUGCUUUCUCAAACAAAACUAAAGAACAAAUCCCAUAGGGUGACCUAGUCUGCAGCCAUUCGCAGUGUGACUGCUAAAAUUAUUGCUACUAUUCUUGACCUCCUGUAAUAAGAUGGAAUGAGAGGUGAUGUUAGGUUUGCUACUCAGUGACCUUCGUUGUCAUUUAUAAUGCUCCGACUGUACAGUGAAUGGUAGCAGCCACCCCCUGGAUAUAUUCAUCGUAAUGGUUAAUUUGACAACACAGCAACAUCACUUCUAAAAUCAGACGUUCCAUUUUGAAGACCGUGAAAAAUGUUUACAACAAGUAGCUCACUCAAAUUCACACAGUACUGCGUAUGGCUCAUUUCUGUGAACUGAAGAAACUGAUAAAUAAUAAAAACAAAAAAUGUUGGAGUCGUUCAGCAGAUCAGGCAGCAUUGUGGAAAGAAAAUAAUAUUUCAGGUUGAAAAAUAAUCAUAUUUUGUAGUUGGAAUAUUUUUAUUUCAUUCUGAUGAAGCAGAUGAAUUUACUAACAUUUAACAUAUGGAUGUGGGAAUUGAUUCACUGUCAUAUACAGCUUUGUCUUCAUCUGUGCAUAUUGUUUAGCCUUGAAUGUGAAGUAGUCUUCACUCUGCUUCAUUACUGCACCAUGUGCUUCAGGCCAUAGUUUAAUGAAGUCAAGAUUUUAAAACUUACAGAUAUUCUCUUUUCUUUGUGACUAAAAUACUGGAAAUCAUAGAGUUUUACAUGGCCACCACAUUUCACAAAAUGAUCAAAGCCAUGUUUCAACUCUCAUAGAACUCUACGAAUUAAAUUAAUUACUAGCAUCACUUGAUGACUGAUGUAUUCUGUUAAUGUGGAAACGUCCAAGUUAAUGUGCCUUUUUAGCAUUUUAAGGAGAAGUAUUUGUAAGAUGUUAUGUUGAGCAGUUCUGCAUACUGAUGUAAAUAAAAAAAUGUUUUCGAGGAAAUCAUUGUUACAAUCAAUGGGUAGAAUCACAGAGGAAGUUGCCAGUGAGA